AUGUGUACGAAUGGUAAAAAGAAAGAUGACAGAAAGCAGUUUACGUGUGAAAUAUGUGAGUAUGACACUGGGAAGAAAUACAAUCUAGAAAGACAUAUAAAGGUUCAUGUUGAUACAGACGAAAGUGCAAGUAAAACUACAUUGAUGUGCGAUGUAUGCGGAAUGCAGUUCUUGUCUAAAUUUGGAAUGGCCUUGCACACAAAAAAUGAGCAUUUAAAACAAUUCAAAUAUGAAUGCCAGAUUUGCAAGAAAGGAUUUAACCAGUUGCUUCCAUAUAAGGGACACGUAUCAUCGCAUGUUAAACACACCAAACAGAAAUGUGAGAAAUGUAACCUGACUUUUAAACAUAAAAGCAGUUUAGAUCGCCACAAAAAGACUAUACAUGAUGACGUCAAAUAUGAUUGCGCUGAAUGUGAGCAACACCACUAA